AUGCAAUUGUAUGGUCUUUUCGCCUGGGUUGAUAUGCAGUCUCAGGGUAAGGUUCUUAUGGCCGCUCAAACUGUAUUUUGGAUGUCCGGUACCAUGUCGCAUGGUUCGCCCAUCAAGCCGAUUGUUGGGACGGUCUGGGUAUCUGCGGGUCAAUUCCUGCUUGAGGAACUGGUUUCGUUGAGGGCAUCUCGCUUGGCACUUGGCGGCCCUGCCAGUGACGGGGAAACGGAGCUUUUAGAUGUCUUCAGUGCUGGAUUUCAGGACAUGAUUCUCUUGGCGGAAAGCUGCCAUUCUCUUAAAGUAUCUGGUGAAGCAGAUACAGGAGGCAUUCGCUGCGCUGUAAUUGCUGGUUUCUGA